AUGGAGGGAAAGAAAUUCGAAUCUACCGCUCGUACGCCGCCGCAGUCGUUACCGGAACCGUCGGCAGGAUACGCAGUGUUUCGCAUUCUCUGUGACGUGUCUCAGGUCGGUUGUAUGAUCGGAAAAUCUGGAAGAGUGAUUAAGCAGCUUCGAGAAUCAACACAAUCCAAAAUCUGGGUCGAGAGUGGUCCUCCUGGUUCUCUGUACAGUGAAGUCACGAUUACCGCUCAUGUAGGUUCAACGCUUAGGGUAAAAUUAGGUGUUACUGUCAGUACUGCUAGCAACAAGGAGAAAGGGGUUCAAGAACAAGAAGUUGAAGUCUCCAGAGCACAAUACGCGUUGUUGAUUAGGGUUUUCGAAGCUCUAAAUGUUGGAUUACGGACUAGUAGUACUAGUACGGUCUCAGUGAUGAUGUUAUUAGAAGGGAGCCAUGUGGUUACUGUGAUAGGUAAGGGUGGUGAGUUGCUGGAGAUGAUAUGGAGAGAAACUGGUUGUAAUCUUGAAAUACAGACACGUGAUUUGCCAAGUUUCGCAAAGCUUGGUGACGUGAUGAUGAAGAUCGAAGGAAAUGUUUCGGCAAUGAAGAAAGCUCUAGUAUCCAUAUCUAGUCGCAUGCAAGCAUGUGAGCCGAUUUCUAUUGCGCCUUUACGCAGCAGGACUAUGAAUGUGGUUCCACGAGAAGAUGUCUUGGGUAGGUAUUUUGGAACAAUCACUCAACCAAGGAUAGAUUCUCUUUCACAGCGCAGCUCGGACCACAGACUCGUUAACUCUGCUCUAAAGAAUCACCCUGUCACCAUUAAGCAUCCUCUCCAAGCAUCAGAAGAUGAUAUCCGAAACGUGGUUCUGAAGAUACUCUGUCCGCAACAAAGUGUUAGUGCUGUUAUCAAGACUCUUCAAAGUGUGAGAGAUGCCUCCAUAAGUGUGAGUGAUACACUUGCUGACUCUGAUGAGCGCUUAAUCACAAUUACUGCAUCAGAGGUUGGUUUUUGCAUGCUUAACUCUUAA